AUGUGGCUAAAGCUCGGCUUAAAGGACAUUUGGAAACCUGGUGUAUUAAUUUUUCGUACAGUAAAUGCCUCAGAAGUACUGACAGGAACUCAACUACAAAGAAGAAUUCUGAUUUCCGCUCGAGUAAAAACUUCGUCUCCCAGAGACGCUGUAUUCCAUUUGUCGAUUCGGAAGGCUUGUUCGGGCGAACUCAGUGUAGCUGAUUAUGAGAAGAAAGCUACAUCUACGAUGAAUUUUUUGAGCGACUUUUUUGACACGUUACCAGAACUGGUAGAAUGCGAUAAGGACUACGAUGUAGAUUAUGCAAUGGGCGUUCUAACGGUGAAAGUGAGUGAGCAAGUUGGUGUCUACGUUAUUAAUAUGCAGCCUCCAAAUAGACAAAUAUGGCUUUCAUCGCCAAUUUCCGGUCCAAAAAGGUAUGAUUACGUAAAUGGGAACUGGCUCUGUUCUCGCGAUGGUGUUUCGCUUGACGAUAUUUUAACCAAAGAAUUUAGAGGAAUAUAUAAAUGUGAUAAAAUUACCAUCAAGUAUUUGUCGAUGGCUUUGAACAGGAAUUUUUUUACAACGUUGAGAUUCGUUCAAGGCAGAUCUGCUUGGUUUUGUAAGCGGCAGUUAAGUUCCAUGAGGGCUUGGGUAGUACGGGAUUUCUCAGAGGGAAUAGCGCUUGAAACUGAUUUACGUGUCCCUGAAAUUACCCAUCCAAAUCACGCUGCCAGCGUAAAUCCUAUUGAUACAGUUAUGCAAAAUGGAUAUGGUAACACAGUCUUUUCAUAUUUGAAACAAUUUGAAGAGUGUUCAUUAACGACACCGUCGCGAUUGCCAUUUAUUGGUGGCAGAGACUGUAGUGGAACUGUUGUAUAUAGAGGGCGUGAAGUGAAGAAGUUUAAGGAGGGCGAUGAGGUGAUGGGUGUUAUUGGCGGAACUUAUGCAGGCUCGCAUGCCGAGUACGUAUUGGCUAUGGAUUCAUGGCUUGUUCCAAAACCCAACAACAUUUCUUUUGUAGAGGCUGCCUCCCUACCUUAUUCAGCUUGCACAGCAUGGUCUGCUCUCGUUAGUGUUGCACGUAUUUGUCCGGAAAACCCUGGGGACAUACGAGUGUUGAUUCACGGUGGUGCUGGUGGAGUUGGUACGGUAGCUAUUCAGAUGCUGAAGGCUUGGGGCAUUCCAGUAGUUGUUUCAACUUGUUCAUGUGACAGUUACGCUCUAGUGCAAUCUCUUGGAGCUGUACCUGUUGACUACAACGAUGAAGUAACCGCAAAGGAAAAACUUGUUAAGUAUGGCCCGUUCGAAGUUAUAAUGGACUGUGCGGAGUCUGACCUUGCGGAGUGGAGUGACAAUGUUUUAGGAAUUUGGCGGAACUGUAUCCAUGUGUCUGUAAUUAGUCCUUUGUUACACGAUGCAGACAGAUACGGACUGGUACCAGGGCUUCUAUCUGCAGCUGCAAAAUACUUUCGACGAUCGUCACUGCCGGCUCUCUCUGGAAGAUGGUUCUCUUACGCCUUUUUUGCACCGCAUCCCGAGUGUCUUACACAACUUAAAGAGUACGUUGAGACCGGCCAGGUGAAACCAAUCGUUGAGGCUACUUAUGCUUUCGAGGACAUACCAAAAGCAUAUGAGAAAGUUUUUGAAAGACACGGAAGAGGUAAGACGGUUAUUGAUUUCACAAAAGAGCCUGAAGCACGUAGUUCGUUAGAACUACCUGAAGACACCAAUCUCGGAACACAGGGACUAAUUGAUGACAAGGAUUUUAUUGCAAACGAACAGCUUCCUGCCGACUCGGAAGUCCCACCAAAGGAAACUGCUUCUUCAAAAGGUUCUGAAAACAAACCGCAAAGUCCCGACCGUGCUUUUUAUGAUAGCAACACAACUUCUGAGACCAAGCAGUCACCAUCGAAAGAAAUAAGAGACCAAAGCUUCAAUGCUAGUAUAAAGCUGAGCACAGCUACACCUACUGAUAAGAAGUCAACGCUGACGAGUUCAUCCGAUGGUGUUCCUGUCUAG